AUGCUUUUCAGGUCUAGUUUAUUAAAUAAUUAUUGCAGACGUAGAAAUUUUGAAGGAGCAUAUAAAGAAAAAUACUCAUUUAUUGGAGAAUGGUAUGACAACCAAGCAAGCCUUGUAAGAAGAUUUAAUAUAUUUUAUUAUCCCACCGAUGAUACAAUCGAGAUGUAUGAUUUGAAGAACAGGAAGACCUUUUUAAGAAGAGUGAAGGUGAAUGGUAUAACACUUGACAAUUUCUUUAUUGGGAGUUCCCUUUACAUAUUAGGAAGAUUGGUCAAAAUUAUUGAUUUUGCAUGUGAACACACAAAGGAAAAACUGCACAAGGAUAUGGAAGUCACAUUUGCGCUAAUAAAACCCCUUUCAUCAAAGGUUACUGGAAAAAUUAUCACCCACUUCUUUGAACACAACCUUAAGAUAACUAAAAUGAAAAAAGCCCGCCUCACAGGGGAUGAUGUAAACUAUCUUUAUAGAUUUCAAUUAACGGAUCCUACAUUUCCAUUUCUUUUGGAGCAUCUAACGGGAGACUUAGUGUAUGGUAUGGAGCUUGUUGGUAAAGAUGCUGUUGCCCUCUCCAAACAAAUAAUUGGUGAUAAAGAUCCAAUGAAAGCUAAACCAGGCACUAUAAGGGCACUUUAUGGAACUGAUCCUGUUAAGAACUGUGUUGAUGUCUCCAGUGAUACUGAAACUGCUAUUCAGGAUGUGGAAUAUUUUUUUCCCUCACCACCAUUUCAUUUAUCAAGGCUUCGAUUGACAGCCACCCUGUCAAAUUGCACCCUUUGUAUUGUGAAACCACAUGCCAUCCGAGAGGGUAAACUUGGUGCUGCAUUAGAAGCAAUUGACGAAGGUGGAUUUGAUAUUACAGCUUUGAAUAUGUUCAUAGUUGAGAAUAUCAAUGCGGCAGAGUUCUAUGAAGUUUAUAAGGGAAUUGUUCAAGAGUAUAAGGGAAUGGUGGAAGAGCUUUCAAGUGGUCCGUGUAUUGCAAUGGAAAUUGUUGCGAAGGAUAAGCGUACUAAUACAGCCGUUGAGUUUAGAAAAUUAGUGGGGCCAUCUGACCCGGAAAUCGCAAGAUUAUUACGUCCAAACACAAUGAGAGCUAAACUUGGGAAAACAAGGGUGCAAAAUGCUAUACAUUGUAGUGAUUUAGCAGAGGAUGGCUUACUGGAAGUGGAAUAUUUCUUCAAAAUUUUAAAUUUGUAA